ACACAUAAAAAUCAAUACUCGCCGCCAUAUUUUUUCACUCGAAGUCGGACGCGUUUUUAUGUUUAGUUAAGUUGAAGAAACAGUAAAAACGCAAUCUUAACUAUUUAAAAAGUGAUUAUAAAGCGGUUUAUAAAUAAAUCUAAAUAAUACCGUAUUGCAUGGUAGAUAAGAACGUUGUUUCACAUCCAAGUCGGCAAACGUGUGUGCGCGUCCGAGUUUAUUGUGUGUAUGUGUGUGUGUGAGUGUGUAUCAGUUGUGGGAUUGUGUAAAUUUUAGACUGAAAGUAGCAUUUUUACUAAUUUGCUUGAUUGUUUGCUAAUCUGAUGGAAGGAGCUGCACAAGUGUCUGCCCCACCCGUUGGUGGGCCACGUGGCGGCGGCUAUAGAGGCCGUGGUGGAGGGCCUCCUAUGCGCGGGGGCUUUGAGCGAGGACGUGGACGCGGCAUGGGACGCGGUCAUUUCAUGGGCGGCAUGCGCGGAGGUGGUAUGGGUGGCGGUGGACCGCCCAUGCAGGGCAUGAUGUCAGGUCCAUCCGGUCGCGGUAUGCGGCCACGCGGUGGCCUGGGUUAUCAGGGUCGCGGCGGGGGUGGCGGUUUUCAGCCGCGCGGCGCUUCGAUGGGUAUGCGAGGUGGAGGACGACCACCAAUGUAUCAGCAGCCUCCCAAACAACAUACGGGCGCUGAUAACAACAAGACGGUUUCACCCGUACCAACAGCUUCGGCGGCAGCAGGCGAUCCGCAGUCCAGCGAAGCGACCGGCGAAGAUGGUACAGAUGCAGCAGCAGGUGCCGCCACCGGCACAACACCAGCGGCCGUAAACUCACAUGUGGUAAGCGGUGCAGUCAGCAGUAAUAGCAACAACAAUGGCGGAGGACCGCCGCCAUAUAUGGGCCGUGGACGCGGACGUGGCGGACCUUUUGGUGGCCGGGGACGCGGAGGCGGCUAUAAUCCACACAUGAAUGGCAGCGGCGGAGGCGGCGGCAAUGGCAUGUAUUCACAUUCGCACCAUGCAAGCUCGAUGGGCGGCCCGGGGGGCGAGCAUGGAGGAGGAAUGCCGCGACGAGGCUCGAUGCGCGGACGGGGCGGUGGUUACAAUCAAGGUAUGAGUCGGCCACCCAUGCAAAUGCAACAUCACCAACAGGCACAUAAUGUCAAUACACAAAUUGCACCGGUACCAGCUCUCAAACGCGGCGCACCCGGAGGUCCAGGCCCAAAACGUGGACGUUACGAGGGAGGACCGUACGGACAGCGACCCAUGACACCAAAGUAUCAUUCGUCAUCCCAGCACAUGCCUCAGUCAUCAUAUGGUUCACCACCGAGUCAUCAUGCUCCAGCACCAAGUCAUCAUGGUGGCUAUCAGACGCACGAUCAGUCACAGCAGGUUGAUCCAUACUCACAGAGCGGUUACAGUACACAGGCCACCGCUCAGCAGAGUUACAAUGGCUAUGGUCAGAGCAGCGGCUAUGCAACGCAUACAACACAGGCGAGCACAGCAGCCAGCAGUAGCUAUGCGUCCCAUCAUGGCACUGAAUACGAUCAGAGCCAGUAUCAGGGCUACAACUCGACGGGCUACACUGCCCAGCAGGAUACACGCUAUCAGCCAUAUAGUCAAGACUAUAGUCAGCAGUAUGGAUCGACUGCCGUGGAUUAUAAUGCCACUGGACAAACGGAUUACAGUCAACAAAGCGCUGGUUACGAUGAACGCGCGUAUGCUGGUUAUGAUUCGCAGGCGUAUUCGCAGAACUAUUCGAAUGCAGCCGCCUAUUACUAAACAACAAGACACGAGCCUGCCGCAUCCCAAAAAUGGCGAUACACACAUUAUUAUUGAAGAACGCUGUGCGUGCUCAACACCACGUAUGCCAAAUACCAAAAUCAGGGGAUUAGGGCUAAAAGAACAUACAACAAUUUGAUGUUAAUAUGGAAAUUUGCUUGCUAUUUACUUCAAAUGCAUACACGACACAUACAUACAUACUAGAUACACUAAAAACCCAUAUACACUCAAGAAACAUAAUUAGUCUUAAGCAUAAAGUUCUCCUUUUCCUAUUAUUUAAGUUCAACCGUGUUGCAAACGUCUUUUUCCUUCACCUACUUCUUCCCCAAAGCUAUCCAAUUAUUUUUCUAAAAACCUUUGUGUUUGUUUGUCUUUGAUUUAUCCGAUACCCGAUCAUCUGACUGGCAAUAUUGAUUGUAUAUAUUGCCUGUUGUUAUAUGUUUUGUAAGUGGACAAAUGGAGCCUUCGAAUAGUAUUGAGUGCUCUCCGCCAAAAAUCAAAUUAUGUACAUUUCCUUAUACUUUAUACUAUUACUUUUCAAUUAUAUAUCUACUAGAUGAAUGCAAAGCGAAAUAAAAACAAAUCAAUAAUGUGAAUCAUGUCAAAUUGUUUACAAAAAUUGCAAUGUAUAAGUUCUAGUUGAUAAAACAAAUCACAAACAAUUUACAAGUCGUCUUAACAACAAAUGAAACUAUUGUUUACCAUUUUUUUUUUUUUACUAUUUGAAAAUUUAAUUAUUUAUGAUUUUUCAACAAUUCUUAGCUUAAUAUAUCUAUUGACGUGAACAAGAAAGCGAUUAUAAUUUCUUUUUCUAAUAAUGAAUAGCGACAAAUUAAGCAAAAAUCGUAAUUAUGUAACUCCUAUUAACUAAGGUGAGCAAAACAAAAAAAAAAUAAAUUAAAAAAAAAGAAAUACACAAAAAUUGAUUAGCAAAACAAAGCAAAAACCAUAAAAUUUAUCAAAGUCAAUAAAAUAAUGUUCAAAAA